AAUUCAUAUUCAAUGAGAAAACUAAAGGAUCUUAAGCCAAUAUUUGAAAUUUUGAAAAACAAAUCCGGCUGAAUUUUAGAAAAAAUUUGUUUUUAUAGAUGGUUUUUUUUUUUCAAAAAUUUAGUUCCGUCAGCUGCUCUAAAAUUUCGAUAAAAACAAUAGUGGCCCUAGAUGAACAUUUAAGCUCUACCCAUGAAAGGUUGGCAAAAAUCUGAGUCGCAAAUGGUGUGUGGUCCCAGCCGGACUCUUAUCUUGGUAAAAUGAAACUGCUCCUUGUUUUCGGUUGUUGUCAGUGAAGCUCCAUCCACACUAACUGUUCUCACUCCGCUUUUGAUGGUUAGGAGAGUUGGAUAAAAUAAUUUGAGUCGAUAAGAGGUCAUUUGGUAUAAAAUGAUCAAUGAUGAGUCCUGUUAAGAUAAGGAGUCUGGUUAACUUUGGCUUGCAGUACAUUUGGAAAGGCCGUAUGGGCAACGUCGUUGUUUGUCUCCUGGUUACAAUUUCUUGGAAGGAGUGGUUCGAGCUGUAACUAUGUUCCACCUAAUUGCACGGAGGUCUUCUUUCUUCUAUCCUCGCCUCCAUGAAUUUAAUGAGGAGGGCCCUUCCACCAUGGCUGAGAUUGUUGAAAGUUGCCUAUGAGGAGGAGGGUCAUUAGAAUUUCUUCUUAGAAAUUGGUUGAGCAUGCUGUCAUGUUCAGAAUCUUACUCUGUUGAGGAAAGUUGGAAUCCUUAAAGAGGUGAGGUAGCCUGAUUUAUUCUUUUGCAUGCAAUAAUUUAAUGGCGGAACCAGCAAGAAAACCUGUUGCUUCUUCCUAUUCCGAGGGCGGCUUGGCAAGAUCAGUCCAGAUGAGAAGCCCCUCAUCUGAUGCCUUCCUCGUCCGUUCCUUGCUCUUGUUUCUUUCGCUUCUUUUACUCUCUCCGGUGACCGGCGAUCUGGUUUCCGACCGUCAAGCCCUUCUAGCAUUCUCCUCCGCUGUCCCCCAUGCCAGGAAACUCAACUGGAACCAGUCGAAUCCGGUUUGCAGCACUUGGGUUGGGGUCACCUGCUCGCCUGACGGCUCGCAUGUGCGUAACCUCCGCCUUCCUGGCGUUGGCCUUGUUGGUCCCAUCCCUCCUUCCACACUUGGGAACCUCACCGGUCUGCGCACACUCAGUCUCCGAUCUAAUGGGCUUGCCGGAGCUCUCCCCUCCGAUUUGGUCUCUCUUCAUUCUCUCCGGUAUCUAUUCCUCCAGAGAAACAACUUCUCCGGCGACAUCCCGCGUACGCUUGCCCAUAAGCUCGUUGUCAUUGAUUUAUCAUCUAACUCCUUAACUGGGAGCAUCCCAACCUCGUUGAACAAUCUGACCAGGCUCACCACACUAAACCUACAGGACAAUGCUCUUACUGGACCUGUUCCCGAUCUCAACAUCCCAAAUCUGAGGCGCCUCAAUCUCAGCUAUAACAAUCUCAGUGGUCAGAUUCCAAGCUCGCUUCAAAGGUUCUCUAGUGCCUCCUUCUUGGGCAACUCUCUGCUAUGCGGUCUGCCUCUGCUUCAAUGCGCUCCGAACACUCCACCUUCUUCUUCCCCUCCUCCUCCUCCCACAGCCGAGAAGAGCGGCAAAAGAAAACUCAGCACUGCUGUGAUUCUUGCCAUCGCCAUUGGUGGCUCCUCAUUGAUCUUUCUUCUCGCCGUCGCCCUCCUAAUAUGCUGCCUCAGACGAAAGUCUGACGGAUCUGGCAGUGUUGCGGCGACCAAGGGCAAGAAGGCCGGGACAGACAAGCCGAAGGAUGAAUUUGCCACGGCAGCUCAAGAAGCAGAGAAGAACAAGCUGGUGUUUUUUGAAGGUUGUUCUUAUAAUUUCGACUUGGAAGAUCUACUGAGGGCCUCGGCCGAAGUAUUGGGGAAAGGGAGCUACGGGACCGCGUACAAGGCAGUGCUAGAAGAAGGAACGACAGUGGUGGUGAAGCGAUUGAAGGAGGUCGUGGUGGGGAAGAGGGAUUUCGAGCAGCAGAUGGAUAUUGUGGGGAGGGUCGGCCUGCACCCGAAUGUGGUGCCAUUGCGUGCGUAUUACUACUCCAAGGACGAGAAACUCUUGGUUUACGACUACAUCGCAGGAGGAAGCUUGUCUGCUCUUCUUCAUGGCCAUAGAGGUGUUGGAAGCACACCCUUGGACUGGGACACCAGAGUGAAGAUCGCACUUGCAACUGCUCGUGGAGUCAAGCACAUUCACCUUCAAGGCGGCGAAAAAUUCGCUCAUGGAAACAUAAAAUCCUCCAACGUCUUGCUCACACCCGACUUCACAGCUUGUGUUUCGGACUCUGGUCUAGCUUCCCUCAUGCACGCGCCCAUGCCUCCUUCCCGCAUGGCCGGAUACCGCGCGCCGGAGCUGGUCGAGACCCGGAAAAUCACCCAGAAAACCGACGUCUACGCCUUCGGCGUCCUCCUUCUGGAAAUGCUCACCGGCAAAUCUCCGAUCCAGUCGCCCGGAGGUGAUGAAGUGGUGGAUCUGCCCAGGUGGGUUCAGUCCGUGGUGAGGGAGGAGUGGACCGCCGAAGUGUUCGACGUAGAGCUGAUGAGGUACCAGAACAUUGAAGAGGAGAUGGUGCAGAUGUUGCAAAUAGCAAUGUCCUGUGUGGCGAAGACGCCGGACCUCCGGCCGCGGAUAGCAGACGUGGUUAAGAUGAUCGAAGAUAUCCGGCAAUCGGACUCGGAGAACCGGCCGUCCUCCGAAGAAAAGUCCAAGGGUUCCAAUCCACAGACACCAUGACUUCAUAAGCUCAGGAAUUGUCAUGGUGCUCAACUCUGGAUCAUCAACGUGUAUUUUUACUUAGCCUAGCUUUGUAUUAGGACUGCUAUUCAAAAAUCUUCUUUGUGUGGGGUCCCUGUAGAACUUGCUUAUUUAUAAUUGGAUUCAUGUUAGGAUUUCCCUCCAUAACUUCUAA